AUGCCAUCCCUGGAGCUUGUCCCACAAACAGAAUCCAUCGCGGAGGUCUACGCCACCGACGAUGCCUCAGUGAACUCGGUUGCCCCGGAACACCAGCAGCGGUGGUCUGCCCUCAUCCAGCAGUUCAACAAGCAGUAUAAUCACCGUCCCGACUUCGUGGCGCGCAGCCCCGGCCGUGUCAACAUUAUCGGCGAGCACAUCGACUACUCCCUCUACGAUGUCCUGCCCACCGCCGUCAGCGUCGACGUUAUCAUGGCCGUCAAGGUCGUCCCCGCCGGCGCCUCCGGCUCCACCGUCAAGAUUGCCAACGUCGCGCCGGAGAAAUUCCCCACCCGCGAGUUCAGCGUGCCCCACGACUCGGACAUCGAGAUCGAUCCCAAGAAGCACGAAUGGAUUAACUACUUCAAGGCCGGCCUGCUCGGUGCUCUGAAGUUCCUGCGCAAGGAAAAGACAGAUGGCUCGCUGGUUCCUGCCAGCAUGGAGAUCCUCGUGGACGGCUCCAUUCCCCCGGGGGGUGGUAUCUCCAGCAGUGCCGCCUUCGUAUGCGCCAGUGCUCUGGCUGUCAUGAAGGCCAACAACCACAACGUGUCCAAGCAGGAUCUGUUGGAUCUGGCCGUUGUCUCUGAGCGCGCUGUCGGCGUGUACUCUGGCGGUAUGGACCAGGCCGCCUCCAUCUUCUCGAAGCGCGGCUUCCUGCUGUACACCCAGUUCUUCCCACAAUUCCACGCCCAGCAUGUCCCGAUUCCCAAGGCCACCGACGAGAUUACGUUCCUCAUGGCUCAGAGCUUCGUCACCUCCAACAAGGCCGAGACCGCACCCAAGCACUACAACCUGCGCGUAGCUGAGUGCACGCUCGCUGCCUCAAUCCUGGCCAAGAGCUUCGACGUGACCCUCCCCAAGGACAACAGCUCGCUGGGCUACAGUCUGCGCAACUUCCAGCACCAGCUGAUGACCAAGGAAGAGCGGCUGCACGACCCUCUGGAGUACCAGAUCGACUCCGUCAUUCAGGCCGUCCAGGACAUUCUGACCAAGGCGGAAGGCUACACACGCGAGGAGAUGGCGCAGAUGCUGGGCAUCACCAUCCCCGAGCUGGAGUCCAAGUUCCUAUCUGCGUUCCCGGUGCAGGCGGAGCGGUUCCUGCUGCGCCAGCGUGCGUUGCACUGCUUUAAGGAGGCCCGUCGCGUGCUGGACUUCAAGGCGUGUCUUGCCAACGCUUCUCAACUGGAUGAGAAGCGCAUCCAUUAUCUCGGCCAGCUGCUCAAUGAGUCGCAAGACUCGUGCCGCACGCAGUACGAGUGCAGUGCACCCGAGGUUGAUGAUAUUUGUGCCAUUGCUCGCCGUGCCGGUACCUGGGGUAGCCGGUUGACUGGUGCUGGAUGGGGUGGCUGCACUGUUCACAUGCUGCCUCAGGGUAAGGUUGAGGCUGUGACGACCGCCCUGCGGAAUGAGUACUACCUCAAGAAGUUCCCUGAUAUCAGUGCUGAGAAGCUGGAACAGGCUAUGGUAAUUAGCAAGCCUUCCAAUGGCUCGUUUGUUGUUGCGGGAGCUGCUAUUGACCAGAUUCCUCUUUAA